AUGCCCAAAGCAAAAUCAGAAAGCAAAACCAAAGCAGCCCGAAAAGAUCCCAUCUCAACCAAAACCAAACCCCCAGCCAAACUAAAAGACCCAAAAGCAUCACACCUCUACACAGACGACAACCCCAGCACAACAAUCCACGGCACCGGCUUCAAGGACUCCGCAGCCGCCAUCAGAACUCUAGAUCUCAUCAAGGACCGCUCUCUCAUCUACCAAUGGCAAACAGUAAAUACCAUGUACAACCGCGCCAAGCACCAUCCAGCUAUGAAGAAAGCCGUCGAUGGGGCGGCGAGUACGCAGGAUAUGCGGAAUGCUAUGGAGGUUUUCAAGACGUGGUUGGAGGAGACCUAUCCGGCUUCCAAGGCUGCGUUGAGGGGUUCGGAGGGCUUUAAGCCAUUGUUGAGUAAGAAGGUUGUCGAACGCUACCUCUCCCGUAUCGAGGAGAGUGGGAGUGUUGGUGAGCAGGCGAAGGCGUUCGCGAGGAUGUAUGUUGCUUUGCCCAAGGGGAAGAAACUGGGCAAUGUGCUGGUAGAUGAUGGGAAGCCGACUGAGGCUGAUUGGGACCGGAAGCGGUAUGAUGUUUUGUGUGGGAUUGUGGCGGCGGGGAAGGAUGAGGGUGGGGAGGAGGGCUGGAAGGUUUCUGAGCUUUGGGCGGACGAUAGGGUUGUUACGGGGCAGCAUUUGGAGUUGAUUGCUUUGGCGUGGAGUCCUGUCAAGGAGGCGAAGUUGCCGUGA